UUGUGGACGUUCCUUGGCACAAGUCGUAAAUUUGUCUCAAGGAGGAGGGCGAAGGUGUGUUUUAUUUUGGAAAAACUUUUUCAACGUGUUCUGUUUAUUUCCCGGCGUAUGUUUCGUUCUCCCAGAAGCAGACCGGCUGCCCCUGCUUUGGUUGUUUUGGGAUCUGGGCAGAUCGUCGACGACCGAAGUGGUAUGGCGGCCAUUUCUGACUUGGAUUCCGAGGACACGGACUGCGUUGGUGACUGGGUCAAAAACCGCACAUUUUUUCAGUUUGUGCCAAAAUUGCUUUCCAAUCAUCUUCCCAUCUCCAUCAAUGAAGACUUUGACUCCUGGCUCAAAAUCCCAGUCCAUGUCAAAAAAGAGGCGGAUAUUCAUAUGAGAUUUGCCAGCUUUUGGUCGCCCAUCCUGCUGAAAGUUGAUGCCAUGAGCGUCCCCUUCCACUGGGCUACGCACAUCGGCCUACUCAACGCACAUGACCCUACCUUUGUGAGUCUGGAGACUCUACGCAAGAUCGACACCAUAGAGGCGGUUCUGAGAGCUCUGGAGGCUGCAGCUUAUUUGCCGGACCAAUUGCCUCGUCUCACCUCGAUCCAUAACAGCUUUUACGAGCAAUCGCCGGAGGCUCUCGAAGACGCGGUGGAGUGGCUGGAGCAGUCGGGAAAGCCCGACAUGCGCUCCCGUGUCCAGGCCUUGGCCCACCAGCCCCUUCGCCACACCGCUCUGGGCUUCAUCUUCCACCAAUACGUGUUUUACAUUCAUAUGAUGGGGGUGAGCGUGCGUGAGACGAUGAUGGAGUUGAACCCGAUGCCCCAUGAGGACGCUCGAGCGGCAAGUGAAUACCACAAGAAAGUCGGGAACGACCUCUUUCAGGAGGAGGAAUACCAAGGAGCGGCGUUUGAAUAUACCAUAGCCGUCAGAUUCAACCCUGGAAAUCACAUCGCCUUCAGCAAUCGGGCACUUUGUCACACCCGCCGUCAGAACUACCUUGACGCUGCUGUGGAUGCAAAGCGGGCCACUCUGAUAGAACCAUCCUACACCAAGGGCCACUAUCGCUUCUGCGAGGCUUUGUUCCUGUUGGGUGAAGUCCAGUGGGCCGCCAGCGCCAACAAAGAGGCGCGGUUUCUGUGCGCCAAAGACCGGGCGGGAAUCAAAGACCUGGAGCAGCAAAAUCUGAAGUUUGUGAGCAAAAACCCAAAAGGCGGCGGCAAAGGCAAGAAAGCAAAACAAAGAGCAGCCGAAACCAUUAAGAAAACUCCAAAUUCAACUAAACCAGAGGACACCAACAAUCCGACCGUUGUCGAGACGCAGCGGCCGUCAAAAGAAAGCGACGGCAAUGGCAGGAGUAAUAAUCAUCAUAUUAAUGUUGGCAACGGGGUGUGCAAGGUGAACAAGCAGAAGCGAGCAGAAGCCGAGGACGGGACGGCCGGCGCCAAAGAGUCGCCCAAAACCUCAAAGAAGAAAUCCACGGCCAGUAAGGACAACUGGGACAUCUCCCCCGACCGAAGCCAAUCCCCCCGAUUUUUGAGUGACGCGUUGAAGACGGCCCACACUUCCCUGCUCAAACAGUGCUAUUACAACGCCGACAGCUUCUUCAGACAGGUGGCAAGCCUGGCCGACUCCUUUACGGCGGACCAAAAGAAGAUCAUCGGGUUCUCUUCGCUGGAUAUGCAGCUGGUGCUUUACGGCCGCGUGUCCGCCCUGACGGAAAUUGGCAAGCCUCAGGAGUUUGCCGAAGCACGAAAACUCCUGGAGGAGAUCAAAUCAUACAAGGAGAGGGGUUUUGGCUGUCUGCUUUCCUACGCCCGCGGGAGGAUUUACCUGAAAGAGAAAAAGUUUGCGGCGGCGCUGGAACAGUUUGAAGAUGCCCUGCAGAUGGUGAGGAAUCGGAUCACGACGGGGAAACUCACCUGGCCGCAGACCACAGAUAUUGUUCGAGAAACCGAUCCGGACCUUUUUCAAGAAAUUCUGGAGGAUUCCAUAUACACGUGCAAAUUCCCUCCUCCACCCGAUGGCACCUGUCGAUACGAGGACUGCCUCGCCCCAUCCAAAAAUAUCUACAUCACCGACCCGGCCUUUAAAGGCUUUGUGGAGUUCAAGUGCAGCCAGAAGUGCCUGAUUGAAUACCACAGCGCCUGCUGGAAAGCCUUCAAGCCGCCGUCCUUUGACAAGUGCGAAAAGCCGUGUCCGACUCCCGACUGCUCGGGUAUCAUCGAUUCCAUUAAAGUUAUUGACGCAACGGGCCUGAUAAAACGCGUGCAGGCCGCCAACGCGAGGGCGGAGAGCCCGAGGAAAGUCAAAGUCAACCAGAAGCCUCCUUCGUGGGUGAAGAAAUUGAAGGAGAAGAACCACGGGAAAAAAGAGGAGAAUACCAAGACUGAGCAGACCGCGCAAAACGAGGCCAGCGUCAGUGAUCGGCUUCCGCUGCCCAAAACCGUCACCGCGGCGCAGACGCAACAGAAGGCCUGGUUGCUGUACCAAGAUCGAGUCCUGGUGCAGGUCAGUCAGAUGAUGCAGCUGCUGCGGCAGGAAAAGGCUCUGGCCGCGUCGGACGUGAGCCGCUGCCUGAAGCCCUGGCUGGAGCUGGACUCGGCGCGGGGCAACCGGCUGGCCGCCAAGAUGCUGGACUGGGAGCGGGAGCGCCUGCAGACGCUGGAUCAGGCCGUGGAGCUGCUGCUCCAGAGGAGGAAUCGCGUUUGGGCGCGCGCCUUGGUCCAGAUGCUUUCAAACACUUUGAAUAUUAACGCCGACCUCGGCCGCUGGGCGGGGCGGCUGGACGAUGCAGAUCUAAAGGCGGCCAAGUCGUUCGUGGAACGCAAUGCAGACCGCCUGGAUGAACUGGACCUAAGCCCGCUGUUGACCUUUGCCCCUUUGAAAGAGAUUAUUUCUGACCACGACCCCCCUGACGCCGACUUGACUUCGAGCGACUUGACUCAAUAUGUCAAACGGGCUCCGCCGCACCAAAUGAGACUUUUUAUCUGGACUCUCGAGGAGCAUAAAGAUGUUUACAUCUCGUUAAAUAAUUUACUUGAUGAAUAUUUUGUUAAUAUGAUUGACGGACACUGUUCUGUUCUAAAGAAAUCCGGUAAUCAAAAUAGUUUUCCUGCGAGCGGUAAGAGCCGAGGACGAAGAAAAAAAAAAGAGCCGCAGGUUCUUCCAUUUUUUUGCGGGUGGGAAAAUGACGCGGCGGAUGAGCGGGACCAAGAAAAUCCGAUAUAUUUCCUCGACCCCAACGAGCCCUUUAGCAUUCCCCAACACCUUCGAGAGCCGAUCGCCCAGUUUGAGGAACAGUAUUACGGCACGGGACGCGCCAGGGAGUCUCGACGGAUUCUGGACAACAAUCCGGAUCUCACCGUGGAAAAUUUGUAUGACUAUUUUGCGCAGGUUCUGGAAGAACACGGCCCCCUGCCGGCCGACGACCCGCUACUGCGAGGCGAGAUCCAAAACUUCCCGCCCGUGGCUCGGGCCAGGAUCCAACAGGCGGGCGGCUUGGAGCGCUUCCUGCUGCAAUGCCUUCGCUUCAGCAACGUCGGCGGCCGCGUGGCUCUGGCCAAGUGGACCCGCUCGGACCGCCCGCAGCCUCCGCGCGUAUUUUCAUCCGGCUCAAAUCUUCGUAACGCCAAUCCUUACGUAACUUUCCAUAUGGACGAACUCCUCCCACCGACCGGCAAAGACCCCGUCAAUCACCCGGGCCGCGGCAAGCUUUCACUCAACCCCUUUCCAUCCCUUGAUCUUUCUGCUGGCCAGGUGGACGAGGCCUCCGAAACGUAUUCCGAUACAAGCGAUUUAAGUUUAACAGCGGCCGACGCCAUUUUGAAGAAACACGCAGAAGUGCAGACAUAUCGAGCAGUCAAGGACUGCGUCGCGGUGAACACGGAACCUUUGCAGCCUUACGAGAGCCUCCAGGGUGAUAUCAACAAAAAGGUCAAGCGGAUUCAAGAAAUGGGGGAGCAGAUAAGCAAAAUGGCCCAAGACCGCGAGUUGGUGGAUCAGAAGCACCGGAUGACUUUGGCGUCCUUGGAGAAAGACAUCCAGGAGAUCAGUACAAACAUAAAAAUUACGGACAAAGAGAUGAGCCUGUUCCAGCAGAAGCUUGAAGAGGAGGUGAAGAGGGACCAGAAGGAGAAGAAAGCCAACCAGGAGGUGCUGAAGGCCCUCAAGAUUGAGACGGAAAAGCUGGUGGAGGAAAGGGCCAGGUUCUUUGGACUUCCACGAUCUAAACGGCGUUCCUCUUUGAUCAUGUGCAGCUAUGACGAGAAGUUGAGCAGGUUCUUGGACCUGAGCAAUCAGUCAGCAGCCGAGAAGAUGAGUCUGGAGGAUGAGAUCAAGCGCUGCAGAAACUCCAUCGCCGCCGCGCACAGAAGGUGCCGCAGCGCCCAAUUGUCCAUGUUGGAGAGCAGUCGCGAUCGGCGCCUGUACGGCCUCCGCGCUCGGUUGGCUGACGCCAAGACUCUGCAGCUCAAGCUGGACAAAUACGCGCAACAUGCUUCUGGACCCUUCACUGGCAGAUAUCCCUCCCUGGAAGCCAGCAGACAAAACAUGGGAGGCAAAGUCCAAGAGCUGGAGCAGAAAAUUGCUGCUUUGGAGAUACAGUACAAGGAGCAGGUGGAGCAAGUCAAACGUGGCCGAGAGGUCAAAGAGCUGCUUGGGAGUCACCAGCCCGAUCUUCAAGUUUCUCUGCUGUCUUCCGAUGUGGCCACGUUGAGCGUCGUUCUCCCGCCUCCGCCGCAGUCGAGCGCAGCUGCCGCGCAGGCCGCGGCCGCGGCGACUUCGAACGUAGCCGGACCCGCGCAGGCCGCUGGAAACACCGUGCUCGACAAGGCCGUGGAGAGCCUCGGCACCAUCUUCCCCGAAUACAGCAGGUCGGACUUGAUGACGUUUUUUAAGGAUCUGCGGUCAUCCAAUGGUGGCAGUCUGAGCAAGAUGAGCUUGCAGGACGUGCUGAGUGCAGCGAGCCAGCUGAUCCUGGACCACAAGGAGGCGAUCGCGUCCGGGGCUGCGGCUGCGGCCGCGCCACCUCCGGGAGAGCCCUCUUCCAUCUGGCAAAAGUCACGCCACCAAACGCCGUUCGGCGCCGAUGCGCUGAACUUGGAGGACCCUUGCGCCAUCUGUCAUGAAGAAAUGAGUCCACCCCACUGCUUGGUUUUGGAGUGCAGACACGCCUUCCAUGAGAAAUGCAUCGCAUCGUGGCUGAAGGAUAGUAACACGUGUCCCAACUGCCGGAAGCAAACCCUGUUCAAAGACUUCCCCGUGCUACCCGGUAGGAGGCGCCAGGCCCCGUGAUGUCCUCUCUCAUUUUAAUUUGCCCUUUUUAUGUCGACGUUCUUAGCUAUGACUGAUAAAAGUCAAGUUGAUGUUUUCCUGGCAGUCAUGACACUUCAAAGCUGAACUAAUUGAGGGGGAGGCCAACUGUUUUUUUUCCCCCCCCAUGGCCUUAAAAACACCCAUCACAAAAUCACUGGAAAUCAAUAAACAAACGCUUGAAAGUG